AUGUCAACCCAAACAAAUUUCAAGAUAGCAAUUAUUGGGACAUGCGAUACCAAACUCGAAGAACUACUUUACCUUUGUGACUAUGUAUCCACGCUCUCUAGUUCGUUGAAGGCGGAUCCCUUCUCUAUUACCCCUGUGCUCAUCAACACGGGAAAGCCUUCUGACUCCAGCCAUCACCAAAAAAUCAGCAUAUCUAUCCAUUCGCUAUUUCCAUAUUCGACAACAUAUUCAUCCAGGAACGAUCUAAUAGUUACCAUCGGAGGCGCUCUGAAGUCCUAUCUGUUGGAUCUUGUUCGUAAUGAUAAGAUUCAUGGCGUACUUGCCAUCGGUGGCAGCUGCGGUAGUAGCAUCGUAGCAGACGCUCUCCAGUCACUCCCAUUCGGAUUUCCCAAAGUUCUUCUAUCGACAAUGGCCAGCGGUGAUAUCAAGCCGUAUAUUGGCUGCUCCGACAUUUCUAUCCUUUAUAGUGUUGUCGACAUAGCCGGGUUGAAUAGCCUACUCAAACAGGUUCUUGAAAACGCUGCCGGUACGGUUGUGGGGAUGGUCAAAUCAAGAGCAUUAAGGCCUUCACUUGUCGAUUCAAAUGCCGAACAAAAGAAGAAAGUGGCUAUAAGCAUGUUCGGGAUUACUACCCCUGCUUGCGACGCAGCGAGAGCAGUGUUGGAAAAAAACAGCUGUGAGGUCUAUGUAUUCCAUGCGACAGGAUCGGGCGGAAUGGCUAUGGAGAAGCUUAUUCUGGACGGAACUUUCGACGGAGUCUUGGAUCUUACCACCACGGAGCUUGCAGACGAGGCUUUUGGAGGUGUUCUGAGUGCGGGUAGCGAGAGGCUGAAAGGAGCAGCAAGGGCGGGGAUACCAAUGGUUGUCAGCACUGGAGCGUUGGAUUGUAUCAACUUUGGGCCGAAGGAAACAGUCCCAGAAAAGUAUAAAGAAAGGAAGAUACAUGUUCACAACAACGCUGUAACGGUGGUCCGGACGAAUGAGGAGGAGAACGAAUGUCUUGGAAAAAUUAUAUGCAGACGACUUUUGGAAAACUCCUGCGCGGGGCAGAGGCACAGAAUUCAAGUUUGGUUGCCGUUGAAGAGCGUAAGUAUAAUUGAUCAGAAUGAAAGCUCUUUUAGAGAUGCGAAAGCAGAUCAUGUACUUCAUGAGACGAUUACGGUUGGCCUAUGUGAUACUGGCAUCAAAGUUGUGGCGAAGGAUUUAGACAUAAAUGAUGAGAGGUUUGCGGAAGGAGUCGCGGCGGCACUAUUAGAAGCUAUGGGGAACCGAUAG